AUCGUACGGCCUGGAGUUCAGGGGUCACUCGUGAACGAGCGUUGUGGAAGUGGACGGUUCUAAACUCAACUGUUUAUUUAUAAUCUUUAUCUUUACCGAUGUAUUCAUGAGCUACAUUAAAAACUGAUUCCCUCAUCUAAUAAGUCUGCAUACUUUUUCGCUAUUUUGACAACUAACGUCUAGAAAUUAAACCUGAUCAACGGCAAACUGAUUAUUAAGUUGUUCGCCAGUAAGACUUAUUUAGUUUUCUGGUCAGGUGCUAUAAAGAUAAGAGUUUCAGCUGCUGGUAGAAAUAUAGAAAAUAUACUACCAAAAUGCAGGAAUUAAUCGCGACUGUCGAUCAUAUCAAGUUUGAUCUAGAAAUUGCUGUAGAACAACAGUUAGGCGCUCAGCCACUGCCUUUUCCAGGAAUGGACAAGUCUGGCGCAGCUGUGUGCGAGUUCUUCAUGAGAGCCGCUUGUAUUAAAGGUGGAAUGUGUCCUUUCAGACACAUCAGUGGAGAAAAGAGCGUGGUGUGCAAGCACUGGCUGAGGGGCUUAUGCAAGAAAGGAGACCAGUGUGAAUUUUUACAUGAGUAUGACAUGACAAAGAUGCCUGAAUGUUAUUUCUACUCUAAAUUUGGGGAGUGCAGUAAUAAAGAGUGUCCAUUUUUGCACAUUGACCCAGAAUCUAAGAUUAAAGAUUGCCCAUGGUACGACAGGGGCUUUUGCAAGCAUGGUCCGGAUUGCAGGCACAGACACACAAGAAGAGUCAUCUGUGUAAAUUACCUUGUUGGCUUCUGUCCAGAGGGCAAGUCAUGCAAAUUUAUGCACCCAAGAUUUGAACUCCCUAUGGGUGCAACUGAACAGCCACCCUUACCACAACAGGCACAGUCUCAACAAAAGCAGCAAAACACACAGCCCACAAACAGGUCAUCACAGUCACUCAUCCAGUUAACCAACACAUAUGUCAACAACAACCAGAGAAUGCCAAAUUCUGUUGGGAUUGUGCACUCUAACAACAUAGGUGGAACUCGUGGCCCUCGUCCACUUGAUCAAGUUACGUGUUACAAGUGCGGUGAGAAGGGCCAUUACGCAAAUAAAUGCACAAAAGGACACCUGGCGUUUUUGAGUGGACAGUAAAGUUUUCUACAAAAAGGAUCUCCAAUAAACGUUACAGUAACUUGCAAAGUGAGAUAUUUAAUUCCCGGUACAUUAAAGAAAUAGUUCACCCAAAAGUGAAUAAUUGCUAAAAAUUAACUCACCCUCAGGCCAUUCAAGAUGUAGAAGAGUUUGUCUUCUUCUGAACAGAUUUGGAGAAAUUUAGCAUUACAUGACUUGCUCACCAACGGAUCCUCUGCAGUGAAUGGGUGCCUUCAGAAUGAGAGUCCAAACAGCUGAUAAAAACAAUACAAUAAUUCAAAUGACUCAAACAGUUACCAUCUUGUGAAGUGAAAAUCGGCAUGUUUUUAAAAAACUAAUCUGUCAUUUAAAGCAUUUCAAUUUUAAACCAUUGGUUCUGGCCAAAAUACAAGUUCAUAAUCAAAUGCAAACUAUUGCAUUCAUGUGGAUUAUUGUGAUGCUUUUAUCAGCUGUUUGGACUCUCAUUCUGACUGCACCCAUUCAUUGCAGAUUAUCCAUUGGUGAGCAAGUCAUGUUAUGUUACAUUUCUUCAAAUGUGUUCCAGUGGAGACACAAACUCAUCUACAUCUUGGAUGGCUUGUGGGUGAACCAUUUCUUUAACUUUUCUCCACAAAAGCUUUAGUUGAGGGACAUAAAUGUGGCUCUCCUUCACUGUCCAUGUGCAUCUCAGUUACAGCACACACUGAAUACAUAGAAUGAUUAGUAAUUACUGUUUUCAUAUAGAUUUUCGUUUUUCUUUCACAUAAAACCUUACAGUCUUUUGUAUUGGAGCAACAAGCAUCUUGAUUGCUUAAACUUUAAAGCAGUGCUGAAAAUAUAUGAAACAUGUUUUCAGAGAGAAUUUUGUCAAUAAGCAACCAAGAUUAUCUGAAAUUGUUAAGGCAGAAAGGACAUCACUUUGUAGUCUGUGAAGAUGCUUCAUGUAUAUAUUAAAUGAAACUGAUUUGUUGUGCUUAUUACAAUACAUAUCAACCUCAAGAUAGCUUUUGAAUGGUCAUUUUUGCCUGAAUAAAGACUUUCUCAAUUUUUCCCUA